AUGCCCUUGAAGCCGGUCCAGUUCCUGAGUUGGCCCCACUGUUCACAGGCCACAGUGUCAUCGAUCGAGCCCCGAGAUUACCCUCUUCAUCAUGCCGCCUUUCUGAAUGACGUGGAUUGGGCGAAGAGGAUCCUGGCCAAAGGAGAGGUCCCAAUCGAUAAACAGAAUGUUCAUGGGGACACAGCGCUGCAUGUGGCGACCAUGAUGGGUCAUAAAGGUAACGAUUGAAGUUAAUUUGGCCUGAUUGGCUGUUUUUUGGGUGACAAUUUCGAAUUUUUAAAUUUCCCGCCAAUUUUUUGGCAUUGUGUUUCACGUACGGAACGUCAGAAAGGUGUUGCCUUCUUUUUUUAAAAACUGCUUUUGUUGUUGGGAUUUGCCUUUUUGGACUUUUAUACAUCACAAAAAGUUUGAAUUUUUGAAUUUCCCGCCAAUGUUUGGCAUUGUGUUCCAAGGUUCAUUUCAACGUAUUUUAUUUUCAAAGUUUUGUCGGUGCUUUAAUUUACGUUAUUGUGGAUUCUGAAAGAUUUUGGGUAAAAUACGUCAUAGGUUAUGGCGUCCGUAUGAACAGUACAGUUUACCGUUUCAGAAAUGAUAUACCUCCUGCUUGACGCCAAUUCUUGCGUGAAAUUGAAGAACAACCAGGGAUGGAAUCCGAUGGUUGAAGCCAUCAGCUACGGAAACAGGGAAAUCAGUAAGUUUUAACAGAAUACGCUCUUUCAAUUAUUCCUUGUUAUUAUUCUUGUUUUUAGUCAAAGAAAUGCUGAAGGUGCUCCGUCUUCAGGCCAUUCGAGGGUUGGCCGAGAGAAAGCCACAUUUAUUCAGGAUUUUGGGGGAACUGCCCGAUUUUUAUAUGGAACUCAAGUGGGAUUUCCAUAGCUGGAGUAAGUUUUGAGCAAAAAAUUUUGGAAAUCAUCUUUUAGGAACGUAAAAAAUUAGGGAUGAUUUUAAAAUUCCAAAAAAUAUGUCAUCAUGACUUCAUAAAUAACGGAAUUAAAAAAAUUUUUGACAUGGAAAAAUUUUUUAAGACAUGAUUGUCUUUCAACAAACCAGUCUUGACGUAAAGAGGCGAGUAUCCGAAUAAUUGAAGGUGUCAUAAUGACGGAUUUUCCGGAAUUUUUUAAAGUUGUCCAAAUUUGACCGGAUUUUUGAUGAUUUUGAGCCACGAACAAUCUAAAAUCGUCCAGUUUAAUGUAAAAAUUUUUUCAGUACCUCUUUUGUCCCGAAUGUUGCCGUCCGAUGUCUGCCGAAUAUAUAAAUGUAAGUCUUCCCUCAGAAUGGACACCUCCCUGGUGGACGUAACUGAUAAGAAAUGGGAACGAGGGGAUAUCUCACUGCUCUUCAAUGCUUUCAAUGAUGACGAGAAGGGACGAUUAAUUUUGGUCGAUAAUGGAGAAAAAACAUACACUCAUGUGAAGGGACAACAUGAUUUCGGGGAGCUGGAUGAAGAAGUGGAUGUUCUCAUGGUGGGUUCAGCUUUUACAGAGGAGGUUCUGAAGCGAUACAGGGCCUCAGAUUAGAUUUUAUACUUGAUCAAAAAAAUUUUUUUUUUGAUUUUGUGGGAAAACUGCUAUUUGGUACUGUAAAUUGAUGUUCAAUUUUUUCAAUAGGCCAAAAUGAUAUAUCAGAAUGGGAUAGAUAGAUACUAACGGUAAUUUCGAGCACAAAAUUUUUUGCUGUUUACUAAAACCCUUCGCAUUUCAGUCCUCCGACAUAGUGGAUAUGCACAUGUCCACGAAGCCAAUCACCUUCGAACGAGCCAAAUCCGGCUGGAUUUUCCGUCAAGAGAAGACCGAGGACAUUGCUGGAUUUGUCGGAGACUUUUACUUCGUGAAUAACAUGAACUUAAUCACCAAAAAACGACGAGAACACCUGUCCCAUGAGGAUGUGAAGAAGAACAAAUCCAUCAUGAAAAAGUUCGCGACCGGUGUUAAGAUGUCCGAAGAGGAUUUCGAGCAACUGGGGACGAUUCAGCAUCGCCCGUCGUUGACUCCGCCUCCCAAACCUGAUAUCACUUUUGAGGAGUACACUCAGAUGUUGGACAACCCGGUUUUGGCCAGAAAACAUUUGACCAAGACUUCGACAAGGACUUUUACGGCGAUGGUGGCUAUGGUAGGGGAUUUGGGGUCGCUAGAAAGAAUUUGAAUGACGAUUUUUUGAUGGAAAAUUUGAAUUUUGUGCAUUUUUUUGGAAUUUUGAAGUUAAUUUUAAAAAUAUAAUACUAGAAGCUUACUAGUCGCGGAAAAAAGUCCUGGGAAUUUUCUGCGACUCUGCACUGUGCAUGAACCCGAAAAGUGCAUUUGCACAGUGCAAUUUUGUUGAUUUUGGCUUAUUGUCGCGCGCGAUUCCCGCGACAAAUCGACUUUUCGGAGCGCGACGGAAUUUGGGGGGCGCGAGAAAUUCCCAGGACUUUUUUCCGCGACUAGUACAUGGCGGGAAAAUAUACAUGGCGUUUUGAGUGAAAAUUUUUUCGAUUUUGACCAAAGGGAAUUCAGAAAUGAAAUUUCCCGCCAAGUUGGCAAUUUUUUUUUGUAAUCGUAUUUUGCCUAUUUUCAAUUUCAGAGCUCCGAUUUCCCCCUCCAACUGCAGACUUUGAUCGAUAUCCUGGAAGUGCUCGCCCCCUUCAAACACAUCAACAAACUCCGCGAUUUCUGUCGUCUGAAGAUGCCCCCAGGCUUCCCCAUCAAACUCGAGAUCCCGAUUGUCCCCACAAUCUCGGCCAAGGUCACCUUCCAGAACUUUGAAUGGCUCUCCCAGAAGGACCUUCCCCAUUCCAUGUUCUGCAUCCCCAAGAACUUCAGACUCGUCAAGCCGAGGCUGAGUAUUUCGUAG